AUGGUGACAAGGUCCUCAUCCCGACAAAAAGCAGGUUUGUCUGUUGUAAAGAAAUCUCCUCUGAAGGAAGGUAAAUCACAAAGUGAAGUUAAAGAAUGUCUCACAGAGGAAGAUUGGGCUCAGGAAGCUCAAGAAGCAAUCGAAUACCUUUCAAAGGAAGGGUGGCUGCAGGAAAAAUAUCCUCUUAUUAAUGAAUUUCCCAUGGAGGGAGGUUGGGAUAUAGAAGCUCAAGAGGCUGUUGAUUUUUUCACACAGGAAGACUGGCUGCAACAAAAUUUACCUGCUAUUGAUGAACUUUCUAUUGAGGAAGGCUGGGCUCAGGAAGCAGAGGGAGGCAGGUUAGAAGAAGAGCUUUCUGUUGUCCGAGAAUCUCCCACCAUGGAGAAUUGGCCUCCUCUUGUUAGUGAAUCAUUCACAGAGGAAAGUAACCCACAAGAAAACCUUGCAAGAGAUUCUUCUAUACAGGGAGGUCAGAGUCAAGAAAACCAUCCUGCUGGAAAAUCUCCCACACAGAAAGAUCAUGAUCAUGAAAGUGUUCCAGCUGGAAGAUCUCCAAUACAAAAAGCUCAUGAUCAAGAAAACCAACCUGCUGGAAAAUCUCCCACACAAGCUCAAGGACAAGAAAACCAUCCUGCUGAAAAAUCUCCAAUGCAGAAAUAUCAUAAUCAAGAAAAGGAUCUUCCUGAUGGAGAAUCUUGUUUACAGAAUUAUCAGUUUCAAGAAAAUCUUCCUGCUGAAGAAUUUCACUUCCAGAAAGAUCAAUUUCAAGAAAAUCAUCUUCCUGCUAAAGAAUCUCCCAUGCAGAAAGAUCACGUUCAAGAAAAUUUUCCAGCAACAAGACCUCCCUUACAGAGAGAGCAGGCUCAGGAAAAUCUUUUUACAAGCGAAGUGCCCACAAGAGAGUGUUGGCAGCAAGAAAAGUUUUUCAUUGCUACAAAAUCUCCCACAGAGAAGAAUGGGAUGAAGCAAAACCUUUCUGGAGCAGCUAAAGGAGGAGCAUCACAUACAAAGGAAGAUCAAGAUCGAGAAAACUGCGUUGCAAGAGAAUUUGCCACAAAGAAAGUUUGUUUGCAGGAGAAUGUACCUGAUGGAAUAGAGGCAAAGGAUGACUUGCGGAUAUUCAUAUCAAUUCUGAUAGAAAAUUUAGAAUGGUCUUUAAAGAAUCGUUAUGCAGAAAAAAAGCGGAGAUCUCAGAGAGGCCGUCUUUGA